UGCUGCCCCGCGCGGGGCCUGCCGCAGCGCCCGUCCUUGGCCGCGCUCGCUCCCUCGCUCGCAGGGGCUUCUUCGUGUCGUCCAGGUCCGGUGCUGAGCUUGGAUGAGGAGCUCUCGGGCAGGGACUGGCCUGCAGCCCUGUGCUUGCCCCGCGGCCUGCUCUGCUCUGCUCUGGGCGCCCGGGGCCAGGGAUGCGCCAGCUCUGGAGGGGGCUGAGCAGGGCGCGGAGCUGAUCUCUGGGUGUGUUUGUUUUCCUGUCCUCACCCUGGAGCCCGCGCUCCCCCUCUCCUUGCACCUGCCCGAGGCCUUUGAACUUGGGGAGGGGAACGUUUGCCAAAUACUAAGCUGCUUUUCUGCGGGGUCUGGAGGUGCCUCCCAGCUAAUAGUUUUACAGCCUGUUUUUACUGCUCUUGCCCAGCUCGUGCUGCUGCUCCCAGUUGCAAAAUCGCCUGCUCGCUGGGGGCGGAGUGACUACUUAUUUUGCGGUAGCCUUGGAGUGCGGUCAUGUCCCUGAGGGCCCAGGGAAACGCCAGAGGCAAGGAUUGUUGUGGGUAGCGGCUGCCUGUAGAGCUGGGCGAGGGGCAUAGCUGAGCUCUCGGGCACUGCCGUACCCUUCUUCUGGUUCCUGCAGCACCCGGUUCUGCCUCCUGGCUCCCAUCUGUAGUUGGCUGUUAAUGCCUCGCCUGUGCAGGUAGUUGUGGGUCUAAAGGCGAUGUGGCAUCAUUCCUCUGGUCCACCCACCCCGGCUUCCAGGCACACGGGUGUCAGGCUUCCUCGCUCCCUGGCUGCCGCGGGUCAUGCUUCAGGGGAAACCCAUCUUCUGCUGCUUUGGCAGGCGAGCAUCCUUGGCUUGGCAACAGUGUGCCCUGACAGCGAGUUGCAGAUGCCUCCACAGAUGGGAGCAGGCAUGGGGAACCCUGCAGAGGUAGCCCUCCGUUCGACGGUGCGUGCUUCGAACAGGACACUCUGGAGUUAGAGCAGGAUCAGAGCCGUGGGGUGAUUCUGGGGCUGGAGGCAGAACCUGACCUACAGCAGCAGCCGUGGAGGGUUGAAGGGAUGUGGUCGUGACCAUGCACACAGAAGGGAUCUCUGGUGACUGAGUGCCUCGGCGGGCAGCCGGAGGCAAACAUGGAGUUGGUGCUGGUCAGCAAGGUGUCCAGCGUUGGCUUUCAAGUGAUUCAAACCCCCUGGAAGCUCCUGCUUGCCUAAUGCCAUGAAUAUUGCAGUGAACAAUGUGGAAGAAAAAGCUGUGCAUUCCUGGUCACGAAUCUCGUCUGCAGGACAGAAAGCCCUGGAGGAAGCCCUCCGCGUCUUCAACCCCAUGUCCAAGGACCUCUCUGACACAGAGACCCAGCUGGUGGCCUUUCUCCAGGGCCUCAGGGAGGAGGGCUACCAGCCCACAAUCCUGAGAAGCAAGGAUGUGUACGGCUACAGCUCGUGCACAGCGGACACACCUGGGCAGACCGAAGAGAGCAUACAGCAUAGCUCUGGCGCGGCCAUGGCACCCAACUCUGCCGAUGCUCCUGCCAGACCCACAGCAACCCCGACCAGGAUGGCAGCUCCACUGGCUGGGAUCUCGGUGAGCUCUUCCACGGUCUCCUCCAAGCCAGUCUCCAAAGGCAGUUCUACAAAUCUCCUCUUGAACUCAUUGAAACAGACCAGGUCAGGCACCUCGAAAGCCCCAGCCAUGGCCUUUCCUGCUAACAUGUACCCCGACGUGUACCCAGCCGUGAGGCUGUCUGUGGUGCUGGAAGCCCUGGUUCCCCUGAAAACUGCAGCCCCCUGCUUGGAAUCGAAAUACAAGCCAGGGCAACUAGGUCUCUCCCCCUCAGACCACAGGUUCCACAAGGCGUCAAGUGCGUCGGCCAGAACCGCUAAGGUAACGUCGGGCCCGCUGGAUCCCAAAGGCUGCAAACACUUCGCUAAGAAAGUACCCGACUCCUCCAGCCUUGCUGCAGGGCUCCUGAAGGGACCGAAGGGUGGCGUGCUGCAGGAAAGCAAUGCCUGCAAGGCAUCUGGGGUCCUGAACGGGCGCAUCACGGGCAACUCCUCGCAGAGCAUUAGCGGCGGGCCACCGGCCAAGGCCUCCAAAGUCAAAGCCAGGGAGGUCCCUGGAGGACGAACAGAGUGGAGGGAGAGCAGCGGGCCCACAGAGACCACCGGGCAGAAGAGGAAGAGGGCUCUGGAGCCCAGAGACACGCCACAGAAGGCGACGGCCAACGCCAUGCCGGCACCGCACAAGGCCGACCGGGCGCCGAGCUCCUGGAACCUGCUCAAGUUCCGGGUCAUCAAGGUGGACGGUUCUUCCUCGGAUGACGAAGUACGGAGGAGAGCCCAGCAGAUCCUGAGGGUCAACCUGUCCCCCGUGAUCCGCAUCCAGCCCCUCUCCCACGCCCACAGUGUUCCCUGAGGGGCCUUAUUUUGCCACCUCUUUUAAGCGAGUGAGCGUGAGCUGAGGCCGGAACAUGGAGAUGUUUGAGUGCAGCCGCAGUCCUCUGGCGCCUGGGGACGAUAGCGGAGCAACUUCCUGCAGCCGUGAGCCGCAUGCCCUGUGCCCUUCGCGGUGGCUGCCCGGCGGCGUUGUGCAGCGCUGGACUGCGGCUGCACAGACCGUUUUUAGAGACGGAGAAGGAUGCCUUCCGCCCCUGUACUGCCCUGGCCAGAGCCCUGGUCUCCUGCGGGAACUUCCCAAUGGAGCAGCGGCACAUGCCCUGCACAGUGGGAGGACGUGGGAAUGUCUCACACCGUCAAUGCACUGUGACGUUUCGCUCCCUUUCCAAGUUGUACAUUUCCUGGGUUUAUUUUAAUCAAAUUUUCUAAGGUUAUUAUCUAUAUCUGUACACGUGCAGACUGCCCAGGACGGCCAGGGACACUGGUCCUGCCUGCCCCCUCUGGAGCUUGGUUCCGGAGAUGUUUACCCUCUCUCCUCUCCCCUCCGUCCAUCAUUCCUUUGAAGGUGCCACAUUUCUCCCCUCCUUACAGUGUUGUCAUCAGCUGGCUCCGGGC